UGUGACGACCUGAAGCUUUGGAGACGUGGGGUUACACCGAAAGCGGCGUCCGCAUGGCUGGCACAUGGCACUAAGGUAGCUUUCAACUAGGAGCUGAGACUCCAACCCCUCCGCCGUUUUCUUUGCCAGAGAACCUCACUUUGACUCUCCAACAUCUACAAGAUACAUCAGAUCCAUCAAAUUUCUCAGGAUAUCACGACCGAAAAGAUGGCUGUUGUUCUGAUCUUCGCCGUCGCAGUCUUCUUGGGACUACUGGUGAAGGAAUUCUACUCUUGGUAUCGGCUAUCCCAUGUCCCUGGGCCGUUCUGGCAUGGAAUCACUGGGUUUUCGAUGGCGCGAGCUGCGUUAAAUGGGUCGGUUCAUGAGUACUACAUGGAAAUGCAUGAGAAGUACGGCCCCUUGGUUCGUAUCGGGCCCAAUACCGUCAUGUUCAGCGAUGGCGACACGCUUAGAAAGAUUGCCGGCACUCGCAGUAAGUACAUCAAGGGCGAGUGGUACGCAGUCGGAAGAACCACUCCGGGAGAGGAUCACUUAUUCUCGAUGCGAGAUGAGGAGAAGCGCAAGUAUUUGAAGAGCAAAAUGGGACCUGGUUAUUCAGGCUUGGAGAACGGAGGGUUUGAAGCUGGUAUAGAUAAAAAUAUCGCAGCGUUCGUUGACCUCAUCGACCGCAAGUACAUCUCCACCGCAAAGGACUUCAGACCGAUGGACAUGGCCAGUAAAUCAACUUACUUUGCCCUUGAUGUCAUCAGCGAGCUUAGCUUCGGUACCCCAUAUGGCUUCCUCAAAGAAGAUCGAGAUCUGUACCAGUAUGUUGCCACGAAAGACGCCUUCUUUCCGGUCAUGAUCACUAUGGGAAACGUGCCGUGGUUGGCUACGCUUAUGCACAGUUGGCCUCUCAAUCUGGGGCUGCCAAAGUCCGGAGAUUCAGCUGGAUUUGGAGCGCUUAUGGGGUUUGCCAAAACCUUUGUUGAUGGACGGCUGGCUCCGGAUACGAAGCCCGGCCGGGACAUGAUUCAAUCAUUUAUCAAUGCUGGUCUGACGAGGGAAGAGCUGACACAGGAAGUUUAUGUUGAAACCAUUGCUGGUUCUGACACCACGGCAACGGCCAUCCGUAUGAUUCUCCUUUCACUCUUGUCCAAUCCGCAAGCCUUCACAGCCCUCCGCGCCGAGAUUGAUACUCUCGUCUCCAACAAGAUGAUUAGUUCCCCAGUCAAAGAUUCGGAAGCGAGAUUCAUGCCAUAUCUUCAAGCUGUGAUACGCGAAGGUCUUCGUCUGUACCCACCAUCUACCGGCAUUGUCAGCAAGCAGGUCCCAUCAGAAGGGGACAUGAUCCAUGGAUAUCGACUGCGUCCAGGGACGCAGCUGGGAGAGAACGUGUGCAGCAUCGGCCGAUCGAAGGAGAUUUUCGGACCAGAUGCACACCUAUUCAGGCCAGAGAGGUGGAUAGAUGCAGCAAUGUCUGAAGACGAAGGGAGGUACAAGGCGAUGAUAUCAAACACCGAUAUGGUCUUUGGGUAUGGCAAGUUUUACUGCAUGGGAAGGAAUAUCGCAUUGAUGGAGCUGAACAAGGUCUUCGUCGAGCUUCUACGUAGAUAUGAUUUCGCUAUUGCAAAGCCUGAAAAGCCUAUGAGAUUGUGGAGUGCAGGAUUUUGGAUAACACAUGACUUCUGGUUGAGGAUCACGCUGAGAGGACGGUGAUAGCUAGAAUACCAGAGUUGAGAUUGCGAUGUUCCAGUCCUAUCUUAUCUAAAACUUUAGGUAUUAAUUGGUAUCGUGAAACCAUAUCAGUAGGGUGAUGCAAAACUUCAGCUUGCUUGAACUCAUGUAGAUGUCGAAACACGUAUUUAAUUGUGGUUCUGGCCAGGAGUUGCUUCUGCGAAACUUACAACCGAUCCGUGAAAAUCGCGGAAGCCGUGACGGAAGUUAAAGGGUCACAUCGUCUACGAACAAAAUGUUCAGAAGGGCCUGUGCACUGCGGUCUUGGUAUUUGACUCCACGGCCAUCAGGACACGCACCUACGGCAGGUC